UUUCACAACCCAGCAUUGACUUUUCUAUCUCAACCUACAGCCUUAUCCAGAAGGCACUUUUGAGCGCUUUCAAAGACAAGGCGCUUCUUUCGAACAAUUUAAGAGACAUAUCAAUUCUGUUACACUACUACCUUGGUUAAUAUAUAUCGGCGAGCGAUCCUAGCUGUCCUCCCUAAGAUACCGUCGGUACCGAAAAUUACCAUGAAUUCUUCACCCUCCUCUGUCAUGUCCAGAGCUGCGCCAAGUCAUGGAUCUCGCAUGCGCGAAAAUACACCCAGGAGUCGGGAGGCUGCAUCAUCCGUUGAGAAGCUCGAAGCUAUUAUAAAAACCAGGGACGCAGAGCCGGUUCAACAUAAAGCACAGGUUCAGGUUUCUGCAGACAAUUUAAAAGACGAUUUGAUCUCCAUGAGAAAAUGCUUAACUUGCUCUAUCUGCGACCAACUACUUUACGAACCAUGGAUUUUACAAUGUGGCCAUACGUACUGCUAUUCUUGUCUGUGUCAAUGGUUCAUCCCAAAUAAGAGAAAAAAGACAUGCCCAGAAUGCCGCGCACCAGUGAAGCAAAUACCAGCUCCAGCCUUCCUUAUAAAAAACAUGGUGGAGAUAUUCAUCCAAAGAGGUCAACUAAUGCCAGACGACGAGACGAUAGAACAGCACAAGAUCAAGAAUGCCGAAGAAACUGAGAUGGUAGAGAAAGAUAAAAAUAGCCCCGAAGGAUUGUUCAAAGGCACAUUUCCAGUACGACAUGGGGAACUGUGGCUCGAUGAAGCGGAUGGAAUUAUGCGAUGUCCUUCUUGUGGGCAUGAGCAUCAAGGCGGUCCAACGUGCGGUGUUUGUGGUGCUGAAUUUGACGAUAUUUAUGGCUUCAGCGAUAUGGAAGACGACGGCGAUCUUUCGGAUUUUGACAUUGGUUAUGGAGAGAAUAUAGAGCGCGAGCAUGAAAAUAUGAGGCGUGAGCUUGAGCUUGAAGCCGAAUUACACAGAGGACAAGAAAACGCUCCAAACGUUUCCCACUUUCGCCAUAAUCCUUUUGCUUUCGGUGGUCCAAUUCACCAACACGUUCUUCAUCAUUACCACGCUCAUCAGCAUGGUCAUCCUGUGGAUGAUUUGAACGAUGACUCAGAAGAUCCUACAAAUUCCGAUACCAGCAAUCAUGACAAUAGCGAUGAAGAAGACGCUGGUUCACUGGAAGAUUUUAUUGAAAAUGACGACGAAGAUAACGAGUCAGUUGCUCCUCCACCACGUAGAUUGAGACAGAGAGUGGUCAUACUAUCAGAUGACGACGAUGACGACGAUGAUGACGAUGAAGAGGAUUCUGAUGAUGAAGGUGGUGCGAUUACGAAUCGCCGACGGCCGCGACCUGGCUGGGCCGGCUCCUCAGAAACACCUUCCAGAGCUAUCUCACACUCAGCAGAGGAGAAUGGUAGCACAUCCUCUAGAUCUAUCUUGAUCUCAGAUGACGACAAUGGUAGUAGUGCAAAUGGUUCGGAGUUUGGCGAUGAGAUGGUCAAUCAUGAGGCACGCAGGCUGAGGGCCUCGGGUGGCUGGAGUCCCUUGGAUGAAGGAGAGGAUGACGAUGCAACCAGAUCGGCGCACGGUGAUUAUGGUGAUUAUACUACAACUGACGAUGAAAGAGCCUCGGAUGAAAGCGAUUCGGAUACGAUUGGUAACCCAAAUUCAGAGGGCGAAGAAGAAGAUGAUCGGCCUCGGGGCGGCCUUCGGGGGAUGCUAAAUUAUGAUUAUGAGGAAAUGGACCCAAACUUCGAUGGUUUCUCUUCAAGCGUGGAUGGAGAUGCCACACCAAUCGAUUAUGCUGGAACUAGCGACGGCGCAGAUAACAAUCACGGAAGCGAGAACGAGCAUUACGAGUAUGACAUUGAUGAUGGGGAUCUACUACCCAGCAUGGAUCGGGAUGGUGAUACUGAAAUGAGUGUGUCUCCUAGUGCAUCACGGUCCAGUCGAGAUGUUAGUGUGGAAAGCAAUUUGGGCGAAAAUCUAGGCGUUGCAAAUGAAGUUGCCGGGGAUGACGACGACGAUGAUGAUUCAGACAGCUCUAUUCGCCCACCCCCACGUCGACAACCGAGAAAUAACGCCGGUCAUCAACAGUAUAACUCAAGAAUAAGCAUGCUAUUUGCGGAACAUCAAAAUACUGUUAGGAAUGCUCGAAACCCUGAUGACAUAAAUUAUUGGGAAGAUGCAAAUGAUAGAGAUAUUCCAGAGGGCGGUUUCUCUGUGAAUCGUCGCAGGACUCAUUACCAUCAUCCUCUAGGUCCAUCGGGGGGCAAUCAUCACCGCACCAUGCAACCGCUUGGUAUUGAUAGAAUCAGAACAUCUAGAGGCUCUUCGCCACCACGCCUCGUACCUGCUUAUAGUAGUCGAACUGGUCGCUCGCAGAGACAGCAGCCAACAUCAUUGUAAAUAGAACAGACAUAAUAACGAGGCGUUGGGUAAGAACUCUUCUUUCUGGGAUCUCAACAUUAGCGCUUGGCUUGACUGGACCGGGCGGGGAUUGAAUGGGAAGGGAGUUUUGGGUCAAAUACCAGGAAUGGAAUAUACGAGAAUGUUAGUCUUAAGGUUAAGAGCGUGGCGUUACUUGAUCUGAAGAUCAAGUUGGGUCAAGGGUAUUUAAUCGCUGAUACGAGCUGUCUGUCGAUGGCGAUUUUUGGCUGUCUAUGCAUACUUGUUAACCUACUUACACAUAGAUUAUAUUUAAAAGUAAAUCACGAUAAAAGUAUUUGUAAUCCACGAUCAAGCAUGUACUUGAUACAUAACCAUUUAGUACAUAUUUCACAAUCAUUUAUUACUU